AUGAAAUUGGUUACCAAUGUGGAUUCAGGUGGUUGGAACAAGCCUUGGAAAGCUUUGCUGAAAUCAAGAAAGAAAGGUACACCACCACUACCAGAAAACCCUCUUGAGCAUGUUCCACCUAAUAUAAAUGCAGCACCACCGCCUCCCGGAUAUGCACAACAUCCCGGAGGUUCAUCAAUACCUCACAGCGAUGAUGAAGAAUCAUUUGACGGAAAUCCACCAUUCUCACCUUCAAAUGUAGGACCAGGAGCAUUUCACGGUAUGCCAACAUCAUCAUCGCAGUUUGAUAAUCAAUCAGGAUUACCUCACGGAGCUGCACAAUUAUCACCACAUGGAGGAUCAUCGCAGCAUAACUCAUUUGAUGGAGGAUCAAUUUCCGAAUAUCCGCUACCAGAAGAUUACGGACGAUCAACACCACAGCGUCCACAUAAUGGAGGACCAGCUCACGGACAGCAAUUUGGCGGACAUAUACCUCAGGGACCUCCACCUGACGACUUCCCACCUCAGGGACCUCCACCUCACGAAUUUCCACCUCAGGGACCUCCACCUCACGGAUAUCAAAGUGCGGUAAAUCAACCUAACGCACAUUCACGUCCCGGUACUCCACGCCAGGGACAUCAACCUCGCGCAUUUCCACCUCAAGGACCUACACCUCAGGGAUUACCACCUCAGGGAUCCCCACACGGAUAUCAACUACAUGGACGUCCACCUCCCGGAAAUUCACCUUUAGGAAAUCAACCUAACGCACAUCAACUUAGCGCAGAUGGACGAAAAGGGAAACCACCUAAAGGAAUGCCAAAACCUCUCAAAAUAGUAACAGAUCAACAAGUUCCUACAGAAGGAAUCGUCGUUAAAGAAGGACCUCCACCUCCACCAUUGUUCAAACUUCCAGCAAACAAGGCGUACGGUCAACUUACAUUUGGAACAUAUUCACCAAACGAACAUCCUAUAGGUAUCCCGACGCCAAUAUAUGUUAAAAGGCCUGAUCCAAUACAUCAAGCACAUCUUUUUCAUAAUGGUGUCUUCUUCAUCAAAUUUUUUGUUAAAGCGCCCCGUGGAAUAAAAAUUUCUCGAGUUGCACUUCAGAGUACGCUGCACGAUCAAUCUUUUUAUGAAAAGAUCCAACAAUAUGGCAUGAGUGAGAGUGGCGACACCGUAUACCUGAAUAUCUGGAGUGAAAGGGGUUUUGAUAUCUUUUGGCUAAUACAGUUGUACACUCUCUCCCCAAUGGGUCAUCAUUCUAUAGGAGGAAAUCCUGGCCAUCCUCAAAUAAGUCCUCACUCCAGUGGAGAAUUUUCCGACCACGGUCCAAUGGCUCAUCCUCAUGGCGGAGGAUUUCCCGGCCAAGGUCAAAUAGCUCGUUCUCCCAGUGGAAGAUUUUCCGGCCCAGGUCAAAUGGCUCAUCCUCACAGCGGAGGAUUUCCCGGCCCAGGUCAAAUGGCUCAUCCUCACGGCAGAGGUUUUCCUGGUCCAGGUCAAAUGGCUCAUUCUCACGAAGGAGGAUUUUCCGGCCAAGGUCAAAUUGCUCAUCCCCAUGGCGGUGGAUUUCCAAGCCAACGUCAAAUGGCUGAUCCUAACGGUGGGGGAAUUCCUGGCCACGCUCCAAUGCAUCAUCCUUCUGCCGGAGGAAUUCCUGGCCAAGCUCCAACGGAUAAUCCUUCCGCCGGAGGAAUUCCCUACCAAGGUUCAAUGGCUCAUCCUUUCGCCGGAAGAAUUCCCGGCCAUGGUCCAAUGGCUCAUCCUUUCGCUGGAGGAAUUCCCGGGCAAGGUCCAACUGGUCAAUAUUCCCACGGGGGAACUCUCAGUCCUGAUUCAAUAUCUGAGCAUUAUUCCGACCAAGGAUCUCCUAUCCAUGAUCCAUCUAUGCACCACUGA